AUUGACAAAAACAGCCCGAGUAUAAAAAGGAGGAGGGAGCGUCCGAGGGACAGACUUGUUUUUGUUCAAGAAGCUGCUGCAACUCAACGCUGUGCAGGGGCAGCAUUUCAACUUAGAAAACAGAUUGGGGAGGCGAGGAGGCGUAGGAGAGAUGAGGACGUGCCUCAGCCUUCUCCUCGCUCUCUGCCUGCUCCAAGGGGGCGGGGCGGAGAGUGAGGGGGGCGGGACGCACUGUCAGACACCGCCCAGCUGGAGAAUCGGGGCGGUGGAGCCCAUGAGUGCGGCGAUGGGUCGGGUGACGGUGGUGGCUCUCUUGCAGGCUAGCUGAUUGUUCUGCUUGGUGCAGGCCUCCAGAAUGGAUGGCCUGCGCCAGAAGAUGGAGAGCGCGGGUUUGAGGGAUGUGACCUACAUGGUCAUCAACCAACAGGGGGCGCAAGCACAGAGCCUGCACCCCAUGCUGGAGCAGAGGCUGUCACAGAACAUCGCACUGUACAAACAGGAGGAGGAGCAGUCCGACAUCUGGCAGCUGCUGAAAGGAGCCAAGGAUGACUUUUUCAUCUAUGACAGAUGUGGACGUCUCACUCACCAGAUCUCCCUUCCAUAUUCCAUCAUCGGCCAAGGCCACAUCGAGGGGGCCAUCAAGGAUGCCUACUGCAAGCGCUCAUGUGGCGCCUGUGAAUAUGAGAGUGUUGAGAUCCCGAGUGAGUGUCAAGUGAAUGCAGACGAAACGCCUGCUGGACCAGCAGUGGAGACAGACAUGGGGCAUCAUCACGGGCACCAUCACGGGCAUGGCCACCAUCAUCAUCAUCACGGGCGUCACCAUGGAAACCAUGACCCCAGUGCGGGUCAUCACCAGGGUGUAGGUCAUCACGAUGUAGGACAACAGCCUAGUGUGGACCUCCACUUGCAGGAGGCGCAGGGCCCCCUGUUGCAGCGCCCGUGAGCGCCCGAGACAGCCAGGUGAAAGCACAGCUGACAGCGCACAGACACCCCGGACGCCUCCUCGCAGGCCAGCUGAUGCUGACACUGACGGAGGCUGUUCGGGGAGGUGGUGGCCAACCAGCCCCUCAGCUUGUGACACUGCGAGCAGGCGCUGCCCGCCUCCUGACAGUGACACAGGCUGGAUGAGGUCAAUCACGUCAGCGAGUCCUGACAGUGACGGCCGCUUCCUGCUGACUGACAGCCGCUGCCUCCUCAGCCGGAGAUGUGAGCCUGACCCCCGGGGGUCGUGAGCUGAGAAUGAGGCCACCUGUAAGCUGACUGUCAGCUGAAAGGUUAGAGGUCAUUGCCAUGUUCCCAAAUGAUUGCUUCCCUUUGGGUCUUGCCAUGGUUUAUGAAGCCAGGCGCAGAAACUACGCUCUAGUGGCGUCUGGCGGAAGCCACCAUGGAUGGAUGGGAGACGGUCAUUACGGAAAAUGGCUGACGGGUUUAUUAAAAUGAUUACAAUUGGGCACCCCAGAAUAUUUGAGCAAAUAUAUAAACGAUUCAUAAUGCAAGAUAAAUGGGAAUUUUGCAUGGAAUCUUUUGGAAUGCACUGGCCCAUGAAUGGACACAGCUUUUACUAAUGUAAACACAGCACAAUAAGAACCUUUUUAAACUCUUUCAUAAUCACAACCACUUCUGGCAUUCACAUACAGUAGCUACUUGUUCUUGCUUGCACAAUUGCACACGUUUAUACAAAGCUUUUUAUGGAAAGUCUCCACUGAGGGUGAACGUAAUACAGUCACUGCUUAAUGAUGGUUUCUGUGGGAAGGUGAAAGGUCACCCAGAAAUCUGAUACUUGCACACAGAUAUGUAUUGGAAAGAUUUUGGAUGAUAUGUGGAAGUGGACAGUGGAAGAAAUAAAAGUCAAUUUAAUUGCUUCA